GUCCAAUCAAAUGCCGUGUAUGGUUUGACUGCUUGCAUGGGGUUUAUAGUUGCCAAAUUAUAAUUGUAGGUUUUUGUAUUAGUUUGGCGCAUAUUCUAAUAGCAAAAUGGCCGCAGGUCCAAUUGCUGAACGUAACCAAGAUGCCACCAUUUAUGCCGGUGGCCUGGAUGACAAGGUGUCCGAGACGCUGCUUUGGGAGUUGUUCGUCCAAGCCGGUCCAGUUGUCAAUGUGCACAUGCCCAAGGAUCGGGUCACACAAAUGCAUCAGGGCUACGGCUUUGUGGAGUUCCUCAGCGAGGAGGACGCCGACUAUGCGAUCAAAAUAAUGAACAUGAUCAAGCUGUAUGGCAAGCCGAUACGUGUCAACAAGGCAUCGGCGCAUCAAAAGAAUCUGGACGUCGGCGCCAACAUAUUCAUUGGCAAUCUGGACGUCGAGGUGGACGAGAAGCUGCUCUACGAUACGUUCUCGGCCUUUGGCGUCAUACUGCAAACGCCAAAGAUUAUGCGCGAUCCGGAAACGGGCAAGUCCAAGGGUUUCGCCUUUAUCAAUUUCGCCAGCUUUGAGGCAAGCGAUGCCGCCAUGGAUGCCAUGAAUGGCCAAUAUCUGUGCAAUCGACCCAUAUCCGUUUCGUAUGCCUUCAAGAAGGAUCACAAGGGCGAACGGCAUGGUUCGGCGGCCGAACGCUUGCUGGCAGCCCAAAAUCCAUCCGCGCACGCUGAUCGACCGCAUCAGCUGUUCGCCGAUGCGCCCGUACAGAACAUGAUGCCCGUCAUGCCUGGCCAAAUGAUGCCGCCACCGAUGAUGGCACCUCCUCCGCCCGUGGUGCCCGUCUCCUCGAACAACAUGGGCAUGAUAGCGCCGCCGCCGCCGGUGCCACAGCCGACACCAUUCCCAGCAACGAUACCACCGCCACCGCUGCCGCCCAUGGCUGGCGGGCAGCCGCCGUUGCCGCCCACGAUGGGCAUACCGCCGCCGCCACGCAUGCUCCAGCCGCCAAAUGCCUGGGCACCGCCCGGCAUGCCAGCGCCGCCGCCGCGUCCACCGCCAACGAAUUGGCGUCCGCCGCCCGUGCCCUUCGCGCCGGCACCCUUCUCACGUCCCUAUCAACCGGAUGGCUACCAGUACUAAGUCCGGCUCUGCCGCUAGCAACUAGUUACACAAUCUUAGACGAACCGAAUAAAACCGAAGCACGCAUUUUUACCACGAUACAAUUGACGAGU